AUGGCAUAUGCUGGAUUGGUUGUCAGAAAUGAUUUUGAUGUAGGUGGUGGGGUCUGGACGGCUUGGAUUAAGUCGUCACUCGGGGCUCAGCUUAGAAAGCACAUUGAUGCUACACUAGGUAGCGGGAACCUAAGAGAAGCAGUAAAACUUCCAACAGGAGAAGAUUUGAAUGAAUGGCUUGCUGUCAACACUGUGGAUUUCUUCAAUCAGGUCAACUUGUUAUAUGGUACUCUCACAGAGUUCUGUACUCCAGAGAAUUGUCCUACGAUGACUGCAGGCCCCAAGUAUGAGUAUAGAUGGGCAGAUGGUGUACUAAUUAAGAAACCUAUAGAGGUCUCGGCUCCAAAAUAUGUUGAAUAUCUGAUGGACUGGAUUGAAUCUCAACUUGAUGAUGAAUCCAUAUUUCCCCAAAAGCUAGGCGCACCAUUUCCCCCCAAUUUCAGGGAGGUUGUGAAGACAAUAUUCAAAAGACUUUUCCGUGUAUAUGCCCACAUAUAUCACUCUCAUUUCCAGAAAAUUGUGAGCCUUAAGGAGGAGGCCCAUUUAAACACUUGCUUCAAGCAUUUCAUACUGUUUACCUGUGGUGUUGCUGGAGGAGAUAGGCCUAGAUUCACUCACCUCGGAAAGGUUGGGGAGUUUAGGAACAAGGGCAUGUUGGUGAAGUUUAUUUCCUUGACAAGCUGA